AUGUACAAGGAGGAAUACCGCGAUAUGAAUCAAAUCCGGGGCUUCACCAUCUGGUGGGGGCAAGGGAUGCAUUCCUCCUCCGGGCUGACCCAAUUCGAGUACCGCUACAUCAAGAUCAGCCGGACCAUCCAGGACUACCUGAGCAAGAAGGAGUUGAUGGAGACCAUCCUGCACGAGAUGAUUCACGCCUGGCUUUUCUGCCGAGAAAAAUUAUUGAAGUUCUGCCUGUACCACGGCGGGUUAUUUGUCCAGAAAAUGGAGUGGAUCAACCGCAGGGGUGGGUGGAACGUCACAGUCGAUCACCUUACAGCAGACGACACACCGCCGCUCUUCGAUCGACACGUGUGGAGGUGCCUCGAUUGUGGUCACGAGAUGCGGCUCCGUACCAAUCGCACCCUACCGGACCUUUGGUAUGGCCAGCACAAGCCGUACAGGACCCAAAGAUGGAAGCGCGUCAAAAGGGCGGCAAAAGUAUAG